AUGUUUUAUGUUCAGCUCGGACCUCCUCAAUCGUUUUUAAUCGAUGACACCCAUACCCCACUUGCAUCUGUGCCUCUUCCGUUUUCUUGUGAUGAUACCUACUUUUCGGACUGGCCAGAAGAGAUGUGUCAAAACGUUUACAGGAGGCCAAAACCAUUGCCUGCUCACCCAGCUAUGUCAACUAUUCAGUUCGUAGGCUAUGCACCAAACCCACGUGCUAAUACUCCGAUGGCGUAUUUUAAUGUUGUUCCAUACUAUCUGGACGGACAGGAAUCCUGUGGUCAGUUGACAGUUAUAGCUUUGAAUGCAACUUCCGUUUCGUGUUCUUAUACUCGUUUUAUAGAGGAAGAAGAUGAUCCCGGACCAGUCAUCAUUCCCCAGUUUUACCGCAAGUUGGAAGUUCGCCGUUCACGCAGUGGAAGGCCUGAAGAUAAUGCUGUUUUGAAAUACAACAAGACAGACUAUGUGCCAAUGGAGAACGUCGCGUCCAGCGCCAUUAUCAACCCGAUAGUGCUGAUGUUGUUUCAUAUUCCGGCUCUCCGUAACGUUAUUCUAUCACAUAUCUGUGAGGACGAGCACUGUAUAGUUUGUCAGUUGGAUUUUGUGUUCAGGAUCAUCAGCGAUAAGAGCAAAUCAAAGGAGGCAGCAGCGGUAGGUGGUACACUUCCGUUAACUUACAGAUGCCCUCUUACUUGUUUUUAA